UUAAUUAUGGCAACAUCUGGUGACAAUUUCGAUUGGGAUGGAUUGAAUUCGGACGACACUGUGGAACAGCCUAAAAAUCAAAUCAAUCAUCAGAUUAACUCGCUUCAGGUAACAUUCGAGUCAUGUGAAAAUGUGUUCAAAGCCGUCUAUGAUGUGCUCCGCUUCUUACCUAAUUUGGAUAAUCCAAAUUCAGGUUACUGGGAGAAAGAGGUUAUCCCAAACCUGAGUGCUUGUCUUAUACAACAUGUCGAGGCCAGAAUAUUCUUUCAUGAAGCGUUUGGCACUAUUAAUGAUCUUAGGAAUACAAUGUCUUCAGCAGCGCAAGUUAUCAAGCAGUCGAAAGUUAACUUCAAUGAGGAGCAUUCAAAUAAUAGAAAUGAACUUACUAAACAGUAUGACACGCGAUAUAAUAUGUAUGCUGAAUUGGAGGACCUGCAAGCCGAAAUAAAUCGGUACCAAUGCUUGAUUGACGCAACUCAACCGCAUUUCGAUAGCAAAAUAAGAGAAAUCAGUAACAUUAAUGAGGAGAGGGAGCAACUCACGAUGCUAAACGAGGAGGUUAACAAAAAAUUGCAAAACCUUCCUGAGGAGCCGAGUGGAGUUUCCAUUUUUGGAUUACACAUGCGUUUUAAGCCCGAUAAAUGGACGGAUAGCGAAAAUUCUAAAGAAACCAAGGAAAAGUCUCAGCUCUAUUUAACGGAAUACAUGGAAGAAUGCAAGAAAAAACGUGACAUCGCGAAGAUCACGUUAAAAAGGAAGAAAGAGGACAUUGACGAGAAAAUGCCCGGAAUUGAAAAGCGCAUUUCAAGCCUGCUUGAGAUUGAAAAAAAGCUCAUAGAGAAUGAAAAAGAAACUUAUAAUAAGGUCGGUCUGCGCGGCGGUGUAUUAGUCGAAGCGUUGAGAAGCAUUCGUAUCUUCUCUGAAACUGUUGGCAAAGAGGCAUCUGCAUAUGCACCAUUAACGGCAUUUCUUAUAAGCAUCAAAAGAAUGAUUCAGAUUGACGUGGAUUUGCUACUUAAAAGCGAUAAGCCAAGCAUAUUUAUAGCCGUGAACCGUAUUUUGGAUAAUAUCAAAGAGUUGAGCGAAUACUACGACUCUGUUGGUUCACUUAUGCAGCAAUUGAGUCAGACUAAAGAUUUAAAUUCAAUUCCGAACGCAAUUGAAUACGAAGAACCCUAA